AUGGAUUCUCAGGUUGUCUUGGACGUCUCCAAAACCAGGCUGGGGGACUCCACUAAGGCCGGCAUCGACGCCGUCUCCACAAAGACGCCCGAAGUAGAUCAGAAGACUACGGACUACGCCGAUGCGACCGUUAAGAAGGCGGCCAGGGAUAAGUCGGCCGAAUCCCCGGAAAAACACAGAAAACCCCAUAAGACAAAGCAAUCUGCCAACCAUGUCGUCGAGGAGGAGUCAUCCGAUUCUGACAGCGAUACAACUUCGUCUACGGACUUGUCCCCAGAUAAUACGGACGGUUUUGAUUCGUCUAGUUCUGAAGAGAAACCAAAGAAGAAAUCCAAGUCGAAGCUGCGACAUGGCUCUAAUAAAAAAAAGGAAAAGCCUGUCAAAGCAAAGCGGUCGAAGAAACUCAUCACGAUUCCGAAGACCUCUAGUUCUGAAUCCGAUUCCGACCCCGAGUCUUCUGAUUCAGAUUUGAGUGUUGCCGGCUCAUCAAACUCUGACAGCAAGGAAAAUACCAGGGGCUCGAGGAAGAAUCACAAAAAACGUCAGCUGCAUCUUCUGACCCAGCAACAGCAACAGCAAGACCUCACGAGACUCCUUCUCCUGCAGCAGCAGCAGCAGCAGCAACAGCAGCUCCCACCCCCGAUACAGCUGUAUGAUCCAUAUCAGCAAUACGCGACUCCAGCGUAUUACGGGGCUCCUUUUGGGAACCAGGCCUCAAAUCCCCUCGGGGUCCACUUGGGCCUCACUUCCAAUUACGCACAGCCACCACAUCUGGGGAGCCCUCUCGGCGGAUACGAUCGUGGCUUGGGAAUUAGGCCACCUCCACCAGGUACCAACAAUGGUCUUCGACGUGGCCGACUGCAUGACCUGACAGGCAUCAUACCAGACAAUCAGCGGAAGUCGUCCAGACAUAGGCGAUCCAAGACAUCACGCCUUGAUUUCAAGCGUGUUGACCAGGUUUGGGAUAGUACUAUUCACAACUACAAGCUGCAAGACACUGCUGAGGGGAUCACGGACCCGGAGUACGAAGGAUACUUGUUCCAUGUGCGACGCACAUUUGACUGGGAAGGAAAAUACAAGCAGACUGUCGUCGACAUUAAAAGCAAGCUGCUUCGUGACAGCCUCCAGGAGGUGAUAGGCGACGUCAAGGGUGUCAGCUUGGUGGAGGAGGUACCAAAGUUAGAUCCCAAUCUGCUUUUCUUAUACCUGGAGGAUAUGCGCAAGCAUAUAAAGGUUUUCAAGAAUACAAAGCCAAAUGGAAAGAAGAAGGUUGCCAAGAAGGAGCGGAGGACGCUUGAGAAGAAGACACAGCAAAUGAAAGUUCUUGUCAAGUAUCUUGAAAGGGACUAUGAGUCCGUGAAGAAGAGUCUUCAUCCACUUCUGGAAAAUGGCUUGAUCACAUUUGACUUUCUGUGGGCUCUUUGGAAGCCAAAUACCCUUGCUUAUGCAACUACAUAUGGCUCAACCGACGAGCCUCGCGUGUUCAAGGUUGAGAUGGCUGAAAAGCAUUUCAGCGUCAUGAAGGGCGACUUUUACUACUACUUUGAAUACGACGGUAAGCGCUUCGGCUUUGGAAGCAUGGCAGACGAAAUUGGCGAGUUCCGCGGUGCCCGCAAAAUCACAAGCUUGCCGGUGUAUCCUUUACAGUACCACAAGAAUGAGAAAGAGCUUCGCGAAAGACUUAUUACUCGUGGCAAGAAAUUUGUGGCGCUGAGUGGCGUUCAGUACAAGAGCUAUGAAGGCAUGGCGUACUACAAGAAGAAGAAAGCAGCUGUCAAGGUCAACAUCACCGGACGUAUCAUGAUCGAUCCCAGCAUUCAUCGACGGAUCAAUCCGAAUUACCCCAUCUCGAUGGUUCGGCCCAGCGACCAUGACCUGGCGUCCGGUGACGAAGAUUCCAGCAGUGAACUGGAUGACGGAUGCGGUUGUGGCUCCAAAUCAGAGUCGGACUCUGGCCGAGAGCAACGUCACCUCGAGAUCUUCCGAGAUGAAAAAGGCAACACCAUCUUGGCCAAGUCUGUGGCAGAUGACAGCAACGAAGAAGCAAAAGCGGACGAAAUUGGGCCGGAUAAGAAGAGCAAUACGGCUAGGCCGAGUAGCGGAAGCAGUACUGCAGACGACACCGACGAGAAGGCUGAGAAGGCCCCUCCUGAAUUUGGCGACGAGGAGUACUUGCUGGCCUCGUCGGUUAUAUUGGGCUUUGCAUUUGCCGAGAAACUCUGGCUUGAAUUUACGGUGUCGAACGUCAAGGAGAUCCAGUGGAACGAUACUGCGUAUGAUUCACUGGUUCUAGAGCCGAAAACAAAAGAUAUUGUCAAGGCACUUGUUGAGUCGCAUAAAUACCAUGCAGCAGAAAGCAUCGACGACGUGAUUCAGGGCAAGGGCAAAGGCCUUGUUGCCGUGCUCCAUGGACCACCAGGAACAGGCAAAACACUCACGGCAGAGGGCAUUUCUGAGCUGCUUAAGUGUCCCUUGUACAUGGUGUCUGCAGGUGAGCUGGGCACUGACUCCCGAUUUCUCGAAACGGAGCUGCAAAAGAUACUUGACAUUUGCCACGCGUGGGGUGCAAUUUUGCUACUUGACGAAGCCGACGUCUUCCUUGAAAAGCGCAACAUGCACGACAUCCACCGAAAUGCGUUGGUCAGCAUCUUUCUCCGUCAACUAGAGUACUUUCAGGGCAUAUUGUUCCUGACGACGAACCGUGUCGAGACGUUUGACGACGCGUUUCAGUCACGGAUACAUAUUGCGUUGCGCUACGGUAGCCUAGACAAUCGUGCAAGGAAGGCCAUCUUAAAGAUCUUCAUCGAACGGGUCCGCGUGCUGGAAAAGAUCGAUCUGAUGCCGUUCACUGAAGAAGACUUUACUGCUCUGGCGCGGUAUGAAUUGAACGGGCGACAGAUCAAGAACACGGUGCGCACAGCACAGGCGUUGGCUGUGAACAAACGGGAGCCUUUGUCGAUGAGUCACAUCCGGCAGGUUCUUGAGGUGCAGAUGUCGUUUGAUCGAGACUUGAAGGGUGGGCCUGGAUUCCAGGAUGCUAUGCGCAGUUAUUUCUAG